AUGGCGACGAUUGCACCAUACGGUUCAUGGAAAAGCGCGAUCACGACGGACCAAUUCGUCGCCGGCAAUUGCAAAAGCAUUUGCGAGUUUCAAUUGGCGGGACCCCACGUUUUUUGGGUCGAACAGAAUUUGAUCACCGGCAAACGCGAAGUGUAUUCGAAGAAGCUCACGAUGGCGAUGGAGCACGGCGAGCAGCAAUGGAUUCCGAGCUAUACGAUAUUGAGCUCAAUUCACGAGUACGGUGGAAAUGCGAUUCAUACCCCAAACGAGACGACGUUCAUCUUUUCAACGAAAGACGGUGUCUAUAAGAAGGAUUUGAACGGAAUCGGCGAGGAUAAGCUGAUCGAUUCGAAAGGAAACAAAUUGAGAUUCUCGGACUUCUCCUCGAACGCCACCCAUUUGUUUUGCGUCAACGAGGAUCACAUCGCCGGUCAACCGAACGAGCCGGUGAAUCAAAUCGUCGCGAUCAAUUUCAGCACAAAAGAGCUGAAAGUGGUGGCGUCGGGCGCCGACUUCUACGCGUAUCCGCGAGUGUCGCCCAACGGCAACCGUUUGGUGUGGAUGGAAUGGAACAGGCCGAACAUGCCGUGGGACGAGACGUCAAUUUGUGUUGCCGAUCUCGACGACGAGGGCGGCGCGUUGAAUUAUCGCGUAUUGUUUUCCGGUGUCGACAAAACGAUCAAUUAUUCCGAGCCGUCGUGGAUUGAUGAAGACACGAUUAAUUUGAUAAGCGAUGAGUCGGGAUUCUGGAACGUCUACAAAUAUCACAUUAGAAGGCAAGCCAUGUACAACCUUAAUCCGAUCGAUCGCGAAAUCGGCUAUCCGCUAUGGCAAUUGGGCUUCCGCAAUUAUGCCUAUAAUGCUCGUUCGAAUGCGAUGAUCGUCGGCGAUCGCCUUCAUAUGCGCAAAGACGAUGAGAUUCACGAGAUUCCGACGCCCGGCUACACCGUCUUCUCGCACAUCUCAAUUUUCAACGAUUAUAUCGUGUGCAUCGCGUCGGGACCGAAACGCUCGUCGUCCAUCAUCGUCGUGCGUUUAUCGAAUCCCUCCUAUCCGAUGCAUGUGAUUCGCGAGGCGCGCGCCGCCAACGACAUCGAGAAAUUGGACAUCUCGACGCCCGAAGAAAUAUGCUUCGAGUCCGACGGCGUCGACGUCUACGGACACUUCUAUCCGCCAAAGAAUUCGCAGUACGCGGCGCCUGCCGGCACUCUGCCGCCCGUUCUGCUCAUCGGACACGGCGGGCCGACAGCGAUCGCGCAGAAUUGUCUCGAUAUGAAGAAGCAGUUCUUCACGUCACGCGGAAUUGCCGUAUUCGACGUGAACUAUCGCGGAUCGACCGGCUUCGGACGCGAAUUUCGACGAUCACUUUACGAAAACUACGGCAUCGCCGAUCGCAACGACAUUCUGAAUGGCGCGAAAACACUAAUCGAACAAGGACGAGUCGACGAGAACAAAAUUCUGAUGAUGGGCAGCUCGUCGGGAGGAUUUUUGUUGCUCAGCUGUUUGAUCUCGCCGGAAAAUGUGAUCAAAGCCGCCGUUUCUCAUUACGGUGUCGCCGAUCUUCAAGCGCUCGACGAGGACACGCACAAAUUCGAAAAGUGCUACAAUCAAAUUCUCCUUGGCAAAGACGCUGAGGUCUACCGACAGCGUAACCCGAUCAAUCAUAUCGAGAAGAUCAACGUGCCGGUGGCGUUCACGCACGGCAAAGAUGAUACCGUUGUUCCGAUGCAGCAAUCGGUGAGCAUGUAUGAGAAGUUGCGCAACCGCGGCAUCACAACCGCUCUCAUGUUGUUCGACGGCGAGGGUCACGGCUAUCGAAACGGGAAUGUUGUCAAAGAAAGCACCGAAGCCGCAUUCUACUUCCUAACCACGUCCGUCGGAAUUCAGCCAUCAAUCACCUCGAAGAUUCAAAUUGUCAAUCCGUUGCCAGGACAGAAUUAA